AAUAAUAACUUGGAAAAUACUACUUAAACUGAAAAACUGCUUCAGACGAGAUGUCCAAAAGGUUCACUAAGCAAAUUAUAAAUUGGGCCCAACUUCAAAAGCUAGUACCGCCAGAUGAAAAGGGAAAAUUUCUAGCAUUUAAGGCAAAGGCAGAUGCAUAUCUCCGAAGGGUGAAUGCGAAUCCACCUGAGCUUCCUAAAAUAGACUGGAAAAUGUAUAAGUCCCUGGUACCAGUAGCUGGAAUGGUAGAAAAGUUUCAGAAAGAGUACGAGGCUUUUAAGGUGCCUUAUCCUGAAGAUAAACUUUCGGCUUCCAUUGACGAGCAAUGGAAAUCACUGGAACCGAAGAUCAAGGCAUAUUGUGACGAAAGAGAAUCCGAUAUAAAAGAAGCAUCUAAGGAAUUGGAUGCUAUGAAGAAGCUGCCAAAGUUUGAAGAAAUGACAAUGGAAAUGGUGUACGACUUAUAUCCAGAGCAAGCACUAGAUCCAGUAAAGAAGCCAACAUUUUGGCCUCACGACGAAGAAAGCCAGCUCGGAUAUGUAAUCAAGCAAAAAGUGACGAAGAAGUAGCAAUAAAUUGUUAUAAUAUUCAUUUCUAAAUAUUUUCUAACGCCGUAUAACGUAUGUUUGUAUAUUAAAUGUAGUACAUAAUGUAAUUGCCACGCAAAUGCCGGGUGACAUACGAGUAUGUUUUUAUUUCUUUAGCAGACAGUUAAAGGUCUGUUCCGAAGUCUAUAGGAUAAGCUCUCUCGAAAUCUCAGUUUUGUAUACAAGUAGAUAAUAAUUCUUGGAAUAACAGUAAAUGCUUCGACAUGACAAGAAUCGGGAGCAAUCGAGUCCGAGCGAGUGAAUUAUCGUCUAUGGGUGCAUAAAAGGGCUGCACUCGUCUAUAUUUAGUGUUCAGGGUCGCUGCCGAGACAUUAGCCAAGAAGUCGCGCGUGGCAAAUUGUGACUGAUGAUAGGAUUGAGUUUCUGGAUUUAAAGUUCCAUCAUUCACUACUUGGAGUUGUUUCAUUGACUGAUUGCCGCUAAAAGUUUAGACCUUUUUACAAAACAAACUCAAAUCUGCUUUAAAACUCUGAGACUUGUGACAAGUUUUGUCAAUAUAGAAUAAAGAAACGUCUAGACUGUUCGUUACGAACUCUGAUGAAUUACGUCUUCCAUGUAACUGCUACUUUAAUUCAUGGUUUGUUGUUAUUUAAUGAUAAAUUCAAGCUAAUUCUAUUUCUUACAUCUGAGAAUGAAGGAAGUUAGAACUGGAACGUACGAAACAUUCAAGUCGCGAACGUUUUAUUGAAUCCAAAUGGU